GCUUGUGUAACAUAGGAUCAUGCUACAGGCUUGCAGCAAGCCCGCGGCCUCGGGACCGGUACCUGUGCGUGGGCCGCCCGAUGGGGACCUGAUAAAUGGUGGGUCGUGGCUGUGCGCGGUGGGCCCAAGUCAUUGGGACGGGGGCCGCGGCCAUACUGUUAUACAGAUUAUUCGUCGGUCUUGCCGCGGGGGACUUUGUGGAGGUCGACAGUGUGGAGCACGUCUAUAGCGCCCAGGUACCAGUGUGGAGCACGGCUAUGGCGCCCAGGUCGACAGCGUGCAGCACGGCUAUGACGCCCAGGUACCAGAGUGGAGCACGGCUAUGGCGCCCAGGUCGACAGCGUGGAGCACGGCUAUGGCGCCCAGGUACCAGUGUGGAGCACGGCUAUGGCGCCCAGGUAAGUACCGCUGACGCAGGUCGACAGCGUGGAGCACGGCUAUGGCGCCCAGGCACCAGAGUGGAGCAUGGCUAUGGCACCCAGGUCGACAGCAUGGAGCACGGCUAUGGCGCCCAGGUACCAGUGUGGAGCACGGCUAUGGCACCCAGGUCGACAUCGUGGAGCACAGCUAUGGCGCCCAGGUACCAGUGUGGAGCACGGCUAUGGCCCCCAGGUCGACAGCGUGGAGCACGGCUAUGGCGCCCAGGUACCAGAGUGGAACACGACUAUGGCGCCCAGGUCGCCAGUGUGGAGCACGACUAUGGCGCCCAGUUAAGUACCACUGAUGCAGGCCGACAGCGUGGAGCACGGCUAUGACGCCCAGGUACCAGUGUGCAGCACGGCUAUGGCUCCCAGCUAAGUACCGCUGACGCAGGUCGACAGCGUGGAGCACGGCUAUGG